AUGAUGCGCAUUUUUGGGUAUGUUCAUAAGUUCGUCAGUAAGAAAAAGUUACCUGAUCUCUCUUCUGAAGACCUUCGCAAAGGAUCGCAUUUAUUAUGUCGCAUCAUUCAACGCGCCCAUCUGUAUCCUGAGUACCGUGCUCUGCGGAAGGGGAACUGUGUGGAGUCCUCCAGCAGCAUUAUAUCUCUCUCGCCUUUCAUAGAUGACGUUGGUUUGAUUCGUGUUGGUGGUCGCUUGCGGCACUCAACUCUUAGCUUCGAUCGAGUGCAGGAUUCGCCUGCAUUCAGCGUCACUGGGAUCGACUGCUGUGGUCCCUUCUAUUACAAGCCAGAUAGGCGCACUCGAAUGCCUACAAAAUGCUACAUCAGCAUCUUCAUCUGUUUUGCAACAAAGGCCGUUUGGUUGGAAUUAGUGAAGGACUUCACAACUGCUGGAUUUUUGAGUGCCCUCAAACGCUUCGUUGCCACGCGCGGCAUACCCCGAUGCAUUUGGUCGGACAAUGCCACCAAUUUUGUGGGCGCAAGGAACGAGUUGGAGGACCUUCGGCGGCUGUUUAUGAGCGAGAAGCAUCGUGAUGCAGUUCUUAAUCAUUGCAUCAACAAUGGCUUCAAUUGGAAGUUUAUCCCGCCUCGCUCACCCCACUUCGGGGGCUUAUGGGAGGCAGCAGUGAAGAUGGCCGAGAAGCAUUUAUAUCGUUCGCUGGGAUCGUCACUCUUUGGCUUUGACGAGCUGCGGACAUUGGUCUGCCAAAUCCAGGCUCUGAUGGAGUUUCCCGAGCCAGACGUUACGAAUCUAAACUUUAACAGACUUUGGAAGCGUUGGAGUGAGGAGUAUUUGACUCUGCUUCAACAACGUGCCAAAUGGCGCACACCGCAGCCAUCGAUCCAAGUCAACGACAUCGUCUGUAUCAAGGACGAAAACUUGCCGCCGUUGAAGUGGCCAUUAGCACGGGUGAUCGACGUCAUCGCUUGA